AUGCAGGACCUCCGCCAAGACAUGCGCGAGUGGCUGCCUCGCGCGCUGAGCCUCGAUGAAGAGACGAAGUCACACACGCUGCGCCCCGGCGAUGUGAAUGACCACGGCGCGCCGGGUAGGGAUGUCUCGCCGGAGGAGAUCAAGCAGCUGAACCGGAUACAAAGCUACGAUCUACCCGAUGGCAAUUCCGCGCCCAAUCUCAGGCUCCGCGAAGUGACUGCAGCCCCGGAGGAAGCGCAGGACCAGAUCCCCUCGGAGGUGGCAAACCGCAUCGAGGUCACGGGUACGGGCACCAUCACCUCCAACAUUGUGGCGAUGGAUCCUCCUGGAAGCCAAGAGGACGAUAAUCUGGAGAAUCGAGCCGUCUACUGGGAGUGGGAGCGUUCCAACGACAUGGGCUGGAAAUCUUACCCUGCUUUCCAGUCAGAGAAAAUCGAGAAAGCGUGGCAGUCUGGGGUCUCAAGGGUCAGGGUGCGCAGCGGUUGCGACGGCAGGACGCCGAUGGAGAUAUUUUUCGUGGACAUGCUUCAGCUUGACCCCGAAUCGGAGAAUUUGAGGCGGAUACGCCGAGUGGGGAAGGCGCCAUGGUACAUGACAUCCAGAAGGUUCUGGAGGUCCGUCAGCCAUUCAUGGGAGACCGGCGAGCCCCUCUGGGAGAAUUUGCACCAGUACAGGUAUCGCCAAUCGUCUUUGCCAACGGCGGAGAAGAUGUUUCAAAAGCCGAGCAGCAGAAGUCUCGGUUCUUCACGGACCAAUUCACAGCCAGCUGUUACCAGUUCCCCUGUGCAGCGCCGUCUGCGCAGGCUUGUCACGUCGAGUUCAUGCAUUUCUUUCUUCAACCUCUCAAAUCUGAUAACCUUAUCUUGGUGCGUGUGGUUCGGGAUCGACGUGCAGCGCUACCCUGACGGCACAUCCUUGUACGAGAAGGAAGCACUGUUCACGACCAUUGAGCUCUGUUUCAACGUGUUCUUCUUGGUUGAGUUGGUCAUCCGAGUUGGGGCUUGCGUGUCAUUUUUGGAGUGUUUCAGGGACGUGUGGAUAUGCAUCGAUGCGCUCUGCGUGAUAGGGUCUCUUGCCGAUGUGCUCAUCUUGCCAAUAGCCGCCACCUUGAAGCUUCAUGAAGUAGGCAACAGCCAACUGGUUGCCUUCCGUUCGGUGCGGUUGUUCAAGCUUCUCAGGAUCGCCCGUCUCAGCAGGGCCUCUGUGGACAUGGAUAUUUUCUGUAAGGGGAUUUGGUCUGGAUUGAGAGAAUCCUCCGUCGUCUGGACAAUUCUCAUAUUUUUAGUGUUCACCUUCAGUGUCAUGCUGACGACGUUCGGCUCUCCAGAAAUGCGAGAGACGAGAUUUAGUAGUUUGCUGAGCUCAAUGCACAUUCUGUUACAUUCGGGUGUCAUGCUCGACGGCGUGGCAGACGUGAUGGAUGACCUGGUGAGGUCAAGAGACGCGGCCGGCUACAUUAUAUUCCUCGUAUUCGUUAUCGUAUCGCAGUACAUAAUCCUCAACAUGUUGAUCGGGGUCCUGAGCUCAGUCGCCGGGGACGUAAGAGGAGAAGAGAAGGCGCGCGCCAGCAUUGCUUACCUGCGCCACAACUUGAAGAACCUACUGGAGUGCUACAUACACGAUGAUGGGAUGAUUUCAAGGCCCGAGUUCCGUCUGAUCAUAACGAACGCAGACGUUCAUAGGAUUAUGUCUCAAUUUGGCGCAGAUCUAGAGCAUCUGGCAUCGAUGGAAAAAUCCUUGUUUGCAAAAGGCGACUACAUAGACUUCGAUACGAUGUUCGACACCAUAUCGCAUUUGAACCAGGGGAAAAUCUCCACUGUCUGGGAUAUUUUUCACGCGCAGGACGCGCUGCAGCGGAAACUGGACUCCAUCGACAUGAAGCUGUCCGCAGCUGGCUUCCACGGCGUGCCGUGA